AUGUUGGCAACAGCGAACUUAACGCUUCACAAAAUAGUCCCCAACAGCGUAGCUGUGAUAGAAGCGUUCCCAUCGGAUGAGUACGCGCCGGACCUGAAGGACCUUGUCCUGGGAACUGACACUCCUCCGUUAACAGUUAACAGUUUGUACGACCCUCUGGGUUUCGCCGCUCCCGUCGCGAUACAUGGCCGGCUCUUACUGAGGGAACUGUCUUCCUUGACUGAGGACUGGGAUGCUGAGCUUCCACCAAGCAGUGAAUGGGAAAUUUGGAGGAAUUCUCUGCCAGCUCUCAAAGAAAUCCAAAUACCUCGCACGUACACCAGCAAUACUCUCAGCAAUGGGUGCCGCAAGGAGCUCUGCGUAUUUUCAGAUGCAUCGACUAAGGCUAUUGCAGCAGUGGCCUACCUAAAACUAACUCCAGUCAGGGCAGGAACCACAUCGGAUUCAUCAUUGGAAAGGCGAAACUCGCUCCGAAACGCGAGCAGACUAUCCCGAGACUGGAAUUAUGCGGGGCCGUUCUUGCCGUUGAACUGGCCGAUAUUGUUCUCAGCGAACUGGACGUUGACUUCCACGCCGCAAGCUGCGACACUGACAGCAAGGUCGUUCUCGGCUACAUAUACAAUGAGUUCAGGAGAUUCUACGUAUAUGUGGCCAACAGAGUCGAACGCAUCAGGAAGUCAACCUGAACAGUGGAACUACGUGUUUUCUGAACAGAACCCUGCCGACAUUGCCACCCGUAUGGUCCCAGCGGAUCGCCUAGCUAAGACGGCCUGGUUAACUGGUCCUGAAUUCCUAAGCAGGACUGACGUCGCAAGUGCAGAGAAGGAACAUCAAGGAUUCGCGCUGAUGAGCCCAGAAGCAGACGCGGAAAUCCGUCCUGUUGUGACUAGCCUUGCCACCAACGUGUCGACGUGA